CGUGCUUACUUCUUCACUUCUGCCCACCAUCAUGUUGAAUGUCAUCCUUGUUACCGGUGGUAGCGGCCUCGUUGGACAGGGUAUCAAGCACGUAAUCGAGACUGAGCCAGCCGAGUCUCGCUUCGGCAAGCAUUCGAAUGAGACUUGGAUAUUCGCGACGUCGAAGGAGGGUGAUCUGCGGGAUCCAGAGCAGACUCGAAAGCUGUUUGAAAAGUACAAGCCAACCCAUGUUAUUCAUCUGGCAGCAGUCGUGGGAGGCGUAUUCGCCAACAUGAGGAGUAACGCCAGUUUCUUAAGGGACAACCUUCUCAUUAACGACAAUGUCCUACACACGGCCUACCUCUUCAAAGUCAAGAAAGUCGUGUCGUGUCUCUCGACCUGCGUCUUCCCAGACAAAGUUACCUACCCCUUGGAUGAGACCAAGAUCCACCUCGGCCCACCCCACCCUAGCAACUUUGGCUACGCUCAUUCGAAACGGACAGUGGAUAUCAUUAACCGUGCCUACAAGGAGCAGUACGGCUGCAACUUCACCUCUACCAUCCCCACGAACGUGUUUGGCCCUCAUGAUAACUUUGAUCUGGAAGACGCCCACGUUAUCCCCGCUCUAAUUCACAAAUGCCUGCUAGCACAGAAGAACAACACGCCCUUCAUCGUCGGUGGAACGGGAAAGCCUCUGAGACAAUUUAUCUACUCACACGAUCUAGCCAAAAUGUUCAUCUGGCAGCUUCGGGAGUAUGAAGAUGUGGAGCCCGUCAUCUUUAGCGUUGGAGAAGAUGAGGAAGUUACUAUCAAGGAUGUCACGGACGCUAUCGUGAAAGCGUUGGACUUUAAAGGCGAUUACACCUUCGAUAUUACUCGCGCAGACGGUCAAUACCGUAAACCCGCUUCUAACAAGAAAGUGAUCUCUCUCAUGGGAGGGUUCCAGUUCACUCCUUUCCCUGAAGCCCUCGACGCAACUGUGAAGUGGUUCCUGGCAAAUUAUGAUACCGCCAGAACAGGGUUCAAGAAGACGUCUUCGUAGAUAGAAUGGACAGUUUCGCAUUAGAAGCAUAACGGAAAUCAAACAACUUCAUCCAGUCACU